AACGCGAUUAUGAAAAUGGCAGGAUUCACUGGGUAAAGAUGGGAGAAUUGGUAGGUUUCAUUGGGAAGGAAGGCUGGGUCGCGAAUUGUGGUCUACAGCAGUUGCGUAGCGUCCCUUACCCUUGUUCUCAUGCAACCUUUAUUUGGCUAGUUGUUGCCGUACACAUAAGGUCAUUAACUCAGCGCUUAA